CCCUAGCUAUCUCCUCUUUCCUCGAACCGUCGACCUAAAAGAAGCAGGAAGUCUCGCCGGGCGGGAGCUCGCUGGCGAAGGCUCCCAUCCGCGCCAAUCCGAAAACCUGGACGAAAAAUAAGCUAGGAAGCUGUAAAGCGAGCACGCUGACGUAUUGGCUGGAUCGUGGGAACGAGGUUUCGCGUCUAGCCUCGCCUGAAUUUUUUUCGUGUAUACUGUAUACCCAGAAUUUACCGCCAACCGGAGGUAAAGCGGGAUUUAAAAAAAAAAACGUAGGAGGAGUUAUUCUGGCAUUUCCACCUUUUGACUGGAUUCAAUCCCGCGUAAAUCCUGCCAUCAAACGGCCCUUAUAAAGUUCAAGCUCCAAUUGUCAAUAGGAAUUGAGGGAAUUGCUGGCAGAAAGUUCAAGCUCCAUUGCUUAUUAUUUUGGGAGUAAAAAUCGUCGCGAGCUCGGAUUUUGAACUGACUAAGCUAUGAAAUUACACCUGCCAAGCUCUUCAAAAAUGCCCAUCAGGUUCAGAAUGCCUACUGCUGAAAACCUGAUUCCCGUUCGUUUGGAUAUUGAAAAUGAGGGGCAACAUUAUAAAGACUCCUUCACUUGGAAUCCGUCUGAUCCCGAUUCUGAAGUAAUCAGUUUUGCGAAACGGACUGUCAAGGAUCUGAAGUUACCUCCAGCUUUCAUCAGUCAGAUUUCCCAAUCAAUACAUUCACAAUUGGCUGAAUUUAGGUCAUAUGAAGGGCAAGAAAUGCAUUUAAAAGAGAAGAUUGUGCCUCUUAAGCUUGACAUACGUGUAAAUAAUACUGUAAUCAGAGACCAGUUCUUGUGGGACAUCAGCAAUCUAGAAAGUGAUCCUGAGGAGUUUGCAAUUACCUUAUGUAAAGAUUUGAAUGUUGAAGACCCCGAAGUUGGACCAACAAUUGCUGUUUGUAUAAGAGAGCAGCUUUUUGAGAUUGCCAUUCAAGGUGUUGCUUCUGCAAGAGAAAGCAGAGUAGGGAAAAAGGGUAGAAGGGGAGCAGAAAGUUUUUUAAAUAGUAAAAUGAGCAAUAGUUCUCUUGAUCUGGCGAAGUUAUUUGGCAGCAAAGGGAGUGUUGUUCGGAAAAGGAAGGACUGGUACCUUUAUGAACCCAUUGUGGACAUCCUAUCGAACGAGGAAGUUGAGGCUCUUGAUGCAAGGGAAGAACGAAAUGCACGUUUGAAGAAAAAGCUGGAUGAAAAGGAAGACAACUUUCAAGAACGAAUUUGAGAAGGAAGGGUAAGCUUCCGGCCGUCAGAAACUCUCCAACGUGCAGAAUGGCUUUAGCUGAGACGAUUAUGGAAGCUGUUGGGAGGAGGAGGAAGAAGAGAAUUACUGUACCUGGCUGAGCUGAAGGGAAGCCCAUGGCGAUCAGGCUGCUUCGUUCAGAUUCCAUUCACCAAGCUUAUAUAUAUACAUACAGCAUAGAACUCUAUGGGAACCGAUAACAAAUUCUGUAUUUUAUGUAAGCUUGAAUGAUGAUUUGUCUUAUUUUGAAAGCUUGUGUGUUGUUUUGCAUGAAAUGUAUGGGUUUACUUGUAGGAUGAAUUGAUAUGGAAUAAUUAAAGAUUUACAUAUAUAAUACCCAAUUCCUAUGUA